AUGCAGAAUCAACACGGCGAGGCGUACCCGACGCGGUUUCAGUGGACGUACGCGGGCGCGAAUAACGUGCACCUGUGCGGAUCGUUCACGAAUUGGUUGGAGACGGUGCCCAUGGCGUGCGAGACGCACGGUGAUGGGAAUCGCGUGUUCACGGUGAUGUGCGAUCUGCCGCCGGGGUAUCAUCAGUAUAAAUUCAUCGUGGACGGACAGUGGCGACACGACGAAAAUCAGGCGUUUAUUCAGGACCCGCUGGGGAACGUGAAUAAUUGGUUGUACGUGAAACCGGCGGGGGGGGCGACGCCGCCGAUGUCGAGCGCGCCGAGAACGGCGGAGAUGGCGCCGAGAAGUGCGCCGAGCGCGCAGAGCGGGGAGGCGGACACGAGCGGGGCGCGCGUGAUGGAAUUUUUGCAAAAGCACACUGCGUACGAGCUAAUUCCGGAAUCGAACAAGGUCGUGGUUUUAGACACGAAGCUUCCCAUUCGUCAGGCAUUUCACGCGUUUUACGAACAGGGCAUCUACGCCGCGCCACUGUGGGAUGAGGACGCGCGCGAUUUCAUCGGAUUGUUGAGCGCGGGCGACUUCAUCGACAUCAUGCGUCGGUUAACCGCGACGCUGGCCGAUCGCGAGGACUUGAGCGAUGCAGAUUUGGAUCAGUACACGAUUCAGCUCAUUCGAGAGGAGUACGCAAAAGAGGAUAUUCAAGCGAAACCGCUCAUUUGCGUGAAGCCGGAGGAUUCGUUGUAUCACGUAGCGUUAACCAUGACCGAGGCCGGUGUGCACAACGUUCCAGUGCUGUCGCACGGCUCGGUGUGCCCGGCGGGUGGGUCGGCGGCCACGUCCACGACGACUGGCUCGCCGCAGUUAUUGCAUAUGACCAAUCUCGCAGAGGUCUUGGCGUGCUUAAACAGACAUUUUAGAGGUAUUCCGAGCGCGCUGCCGCUCUUUUCGCAACCCAUCGGGGCGUUGCCGAUCGGCACGUGGACCGAGCGCUACGGCGGCUCUCGCUCGAAGCCGAUUCCGCCAUUACCAGAAGGCGUCCAAGAGAGUUACUUAGUACACGCGUCGAUCGAGCAAGUUUUCGAUGUCUUACACGGGAUAUCCGCGUUGCCCAUCGUCAACGAGCACGGCGUGUUGAUGGAUCUUUACGCUCGCGGCGAUGUCAUCCGUCUGGCCGCCAACAGCGCGUACCGCGCCUCAAUCAAGGAUAUGUGUGUCGCUCAAGCUCUCGGCGCGACUCGUCCGACUGCUCUGAACGAGCAAAACGAUCCGUCUUCGACGCACUACGGCCGUUUCAGCACGUGCGUUCGCGGCGACACCCUGCGCACCGCGCUCGAGAUGUUAUCACUCCCCAACAUCCGUCGCUUGAUCGUCGUCGAUCCAACGACCAAAGUUGUCGAGGGCGUCGUUUCUUUAUCCGACGUGUUUAGUUUCUUGAUCGAAAACGCGUGAGC